CCCUAUACUCAAGUAGCUAACUUUAAACAGGGGUGCCAGCGAGAGGAGAUGUGCUUGCUACGCUCGCUCCCAGCCUCGAGAGUCUGUUAUAAAGAAAGCACAUCUCUCUUUUUCUCUCUUUAUAAUAUAUAUCGUACGGAACUUGUUCGUUAAUUGUUUAUUUUAACGACAGAAAGUGCGAAGAGGAAAGAAUAUACAGAAAUAGAUAUAGAAAGAGAGAAGAAAAGUGGAGUAUGGAGUAUCAAUAACAUCCACUGACAAAAACCAAUUUUUUUUUCAUUUCAUAGGGAUUAACCAAAAUACCCAGUCUCCGAAAUACAAUGAAUGAAUGAAUGGAUAAAUAUACAUACAUAUGGAUAAAACAAGUUUAAUAUAUUCCCUUUUUGUGACGAACUGGAUUAAUAUUAUGGUUAUUGCUACUAUAAACAUAUUUUGAAUGCUUCAUGGAAUUUACAUUAUUGUUGUUAUUACCAUUAUUAUUAUUAAUAAGGUAUCAGUCAGAUUUUGAAGUAACUAUCCUGGAGACCCCCCCUUGCAACCAAUGAGGAAAAAUGCGUACCAGCACAUGGCUUUUAUGUGGGAGUAUUAUGAUUGGCUUAUUCGUCCAGAUUAGCUCAGGAAAAUUACCAAACCCUCGUAUCCUGGAACAUCCAAAGGAUAGCUACGCUGCCAGAAUGACACCAGUCAAAUUAAACUGUCGAGCUGAAGGCGAUCCAAAGCCAUUGAUUACCUGGUACCGGAAUGGUGCCAAGGUAAUCACAACAGAUGAUGACUCUGACUCUAACAAAAUGUUAGUUGAUGGCGGAGCAUUGUUCUUCUUGCAGGUCAUGCACUCUAAAUCUCACAAAACAGAUCUCGGAAUCUACUAUUGUAAUGCCACAAAUAUACAUGGAACAGCUCUUAGUCAAAAUGCUACAUUAACGUUAGCAAAUCUCCGAGAGGAUUUUAAAGUAGGUCCAGUUGAUACAAUGGUUGCCAUUGGAGAUACUGCAAUUUUGAAAUGUCGUCCACCUCGAGGUGAACCACCACCUCAUGUGAUUUGGCGGAAGGAUGCAAGUAGUCUUACAACAGAUAGCCGUAUAACGAUGGAGGACGAGGGUGAUUUAAUAUUGUCUUCUAUAGAAAAGUCUGAUGGAGGAGAUUAUACCUGUGUUGCUGUAAAUAAAGCCGGAGAGCGAGAAAGUAAAAUUGCAAAACUCACUGUAUAUGAAAAACCCCGCAUAACCAUCCAACCCCAAGACAAAAUUGUAGAAAAAGGUAAGAAUGUUGAAUUAGAAUGCCGGGCACGAGGAGACCCUAAACCAGUCAUUACAUGGCGGAGAGAAAAAGGGCAGCUUCCACCAGAUCGAUUUCAUCUACUGGAUAAUGGUAAUUUGCUGAUUGAAGAAGCAGAAGUUAGUGAUGAUGGCUUGUACAUAUGCCAGGUGGAAAAUUCAGUAGGUGUAUCAGAAGCUGUCGCAAAACUCACUGUGCAUGCUGUUCCAGAGUUUGUAAUUUCCCCAACGAGCAAAAUGAUUGGCCUUGGACGGACCCUGUCUCUGCAGUGUGGAGCCAAUGGCAGCCCUAUUCCUGCAAUUUACUGGCGGAAGGGUAUAGAACAGGAUCUUAUGUUUCCAAAUCGAGAUUUAGGCCGAUUUUCAGUGGAUGUAAAUGGAACAUUACACAUUCGACAAGUGCGUUUUGAAGACGCUGGCGAGUAUACAUGUCAUGCUUAUAAUGCAGCUGGCAGUAAAGAUAAGAAAGUUCACAUUACAGUUCGAGAACUUGAUCCUGAAAUCCCCGAUGAUGAUAUGCGUCCACCUCCUAUUAUUAACAUGGGCCCGCAAAAUCAGACAUUGCAGGCAAAGACGGAUGCUGUAUUGCCUUGUCAGGCACACGGCGAUCCGAUGCCUACAAUACAAUGGCUCCGAAAUGGUCGUCCUUUGCAGAUGAACAAUCCAAGACUCAUGUUACUUGGAACUGGAUCUCUAAAAAUAUCUGAUCUCCAUUUUUCUGACACUGCUACAUAUACUUGCCGUGCUGUUAGUGAAACUGGUGAAACUAUAUGGAGUGCAUCAUUAGUUGUACCAAGUCCUGAAGCAACUAAUGUGCAAUACCAUCGAGCACCGCAACAAAACCAGUUACCUGGAGCUCCAUCCCAACCUGAAAUCAGCAGUGUCACAGAUACAACUGUCCAUCUUUCUUGGCGUCCUAGUAUACAUAAAGGGGGUUCACCUCUAUAUGAAUUUAUUGUAGAAUAUUUCAGUCCGCAGAGUGGAAAUGGUUGGGUAACAGCAGCUGAUCACAUAUCACUAGAAAGUUACACAGUGCGGAAGCUGAAACCCAACAGAAAUUAUAUAUUCCUGGUGAGAGCUCGGAAUGCCCAUGGUAUUAGUCCUCCAAGUCCUUUAUCUAGAAUGGUUGAAACUCAAGGUCGCAGAGGUAGUGCAAUUUUCACACAGGAAGAAAUUGAGCAGCGUUUACGAGGAAUUGUUGUUAACCUUCUUCAAGGUGAAGCAUCUGGACCAUCUGCCAUCAAAGUCGAUUGGCAGGUUAUGAAAGGUCACAGUGCUAUAGAUGGUUUCAAAAUAAAGUACCGGCGCUCAGAGCACAAUAGCGAGAUCCGUACAAUUACAGUACAAGACCCAACAGCUACUUCGUAUCUUAUCGAAAACCUUUACAGUCAAACAUGGUAUGAGAUAUGCAUUCGUGCAUAUGGAGGCAAAGUAUUUUCUCAGUGCAGUAAUCCCAUUAAGGUUCACACCAACGAAGGAGCACCUGCUGCAGCUCCAGAAAAUAUUGUUAUUCAUUGGCUAUCAGACAGUAGCAUGUCAGUGCGAUGGUCACCGCCACCACGUCCUUACCGAUAUGGUGAUGUCAAUGGAUAUGUUAUCCGCUGCUAUGGAGAAGAUAGAAAAGAUAAUUGUAGUCUUGCCACAAACUCAUCCGUGCGCCGAGUUAUUAUUGAACGUUUAAAUCCCUCAACCACCUACAUGUUGCAGAUGGCAGCUGUAACAAACAAAGGCACAGGAACAUGGAGUCAAAAGUUCUACAUGGUUCCUGAAAAACCAUCAAUAAUGAGACAGCCUUGGUUUAUUGGCAUGUUAAUUGGGACAAUUGGUGGAACUGUGUGGAUUGCUUUGUGUAUUGUUAGCAUUUGGUUGUGUCGCAAGAAGCACACCCAGAAGAAAUUAAUGGAACAAAGUGGAAUGUAUAGCACGCCUCUUCAAAAACAGGAAGAACAAGCUCGAUAUGCUGUUGUACCUGCUGGCUAUAUGAAAUGGACUUAUCAAUACAGGAAUGCUAAUGUUCUAUCAGCAGAACUUUCACAAAAGGAACCUCAGAUGGUUGGCAACAUGGCUGAAUAUCAUGAAAAUACGUUAAGACUAUGUCAUGAUCCAAUAUACCAAAAGACUUUGGGUGGUGUUCAGCCUGACCUUACUAACAUCAUGGAUCAAAACGAAAUGAAAGAUCAAAAUCUGUAUAACAGAAUCAGUAUGAAUGUUCCUCAAAUGAAGACUUUCUACCAAAAACCAAACCCAGUAUCUGCUGUUGCACCCUACGCAACCACCACCUUGAUCAAUACUUCUAACCUUCUGGCUAAACCUCUGCAGGAUUCCGAUUUAAGUGAAGAUGAUAUACAUUACCAUCGAAUUGAUAAGGUAUCUUCAGACUGCAGUCAGUGUAUACAUUAUUGCCACAUGGAACCUCAGAUAUCUUCCACAGAAGUAACCUAUAAAGCUAUUGUUAAACCUGAGAGGAAGGGUUCCCAGAGUGCAUUUCGACCAAUCAAUCAAGGAUAUGGUCAUCAUGGUGGGAGUGGAUCAAGUGAUAGUUGCUUGAAACCAGACAUGGGAAGUAGUGACACUGAUAAUAGUAGACCAAAUACAGACAUCCUUAUGGAUCACGAGAUAGCCAGUCCUGGUAGUGACAGCGGAAGUUAUACAGCAGAUGAAACUGGUAUGCCAAUUAAAAGAGGUAGACGUCUAUAUAAAACUUGUGGUAAUAUUGGAAAACAGCCAUUAGUGAACUGGGCAGAAUUACUGCCACCUCCCCCUGAGCAUCCUCCUCCUUGUGAAAUGAUAUCGCCGGAUUCACCAAUGGGCACUCUCCAUCGUAACAUCCAGACUAUGAAUGGCGGGGGCCCUAUAUCACCCGUCUCCAAAAUCUCGGCAUGUUCGUGUCCCAUUCAGUACAGUCAAGGAGGUCUGUAUGGAAGAAACAAUCCUUAUUCAGAUUCCGAGCAAAAUAAAUACGCUAAAAUUCGUGAGAAUCAUCCAUGUUCUGCGAAAACACUUAACCAACUACGAACUCAGUCUCCCUGCGGUGACAUGAGAACAUACUCUCCUCGUACAGUCAAUUGUAUGCAGCACAAUUGCAUGGGUCAUGCCCCACGAUGCUGUCAUAGUGACUGUGAACAAAGCAUUUAUGGUCCGUCUCUCAAAGGUUAUCGCCUACCUUCAGAAGGCGAAGGAGAUUACCGUUAUAUUAGCAGUGAUCCCGAGCGUGGUCCUACACCUCCGAUCAGGAUGCACUCUUCAAAUAUGAUGGAUUUGGCUGAUGGACCCCACAUGGACAGAGCAUGCCAAUCUUCUUUACCAAGUUUGGCAAAUGAACGUAUGCAAUCACCUCUCUAUCCAGCAAGACUGGAGGUGACGGCUAGUGGUCCACAUCUGAAUAUUGACUUUGAAGGCUUUUCUCAGAAUCCAGACUCGCCGGUAUCUGAGAUCCCAGAUUAUGCCGGUGAGUCUGAUUUGGACGAUGUCCAUCUCGAUUUUGGAUCCCCCCUUACUGAUGGGGGAGAUAGCAGUACUGAGGUUCAAAAUGAUGGCUUUGGAAAUGUGACAGCUUCCAUGGUUGCUUCUUGGGCCAGUGUGACUGACAAUGGUAAUGCAAGCUGCAAUAGCAUUCGAUCAAGUGCAGCCAGUUCAAGUGAUGGCUCAUUCUUGACCGAAGCAGAUUAUGCUAGUGCUGUUGCUAAUGUUGCAGAACUUUCUGGACUCACCAUGUUUGGAACUACUGCCUUUGAUCCAAAGUCUGGCAAGAAGCACCAUCCACGUCGACAUCACCGAGCAGCUCGUCCCACAAGUCCCUAUAGCACUGAUAGUAAUUUUAGUGCUGUAGUUCAUAAACCUUACCCCAAGUCACAGCGCAAGAAGCAGCUCAUGGAGCAAGGUAAUAAGAAAUUGUCCUCUAACCGACACCACCACCAUCACCACCACCACCACCAUCAGACCGGACACCAACAGCCAAAUCCCGAGCAGGAACCCCUCUUAGCACAGGAAUUAUCAGCCCCACCACCUGGUGUAGAAACUGAUGUAUCUCGGUAUACCCCAACUCACAAUCCAUAUUCAACAGGUGUUGCAGACCUCCCCGCUUGUAACAAACCUACCUACCCCACUCCUUCCAAUCCAAACACCAACACCAGCCCCCACGGAAAAGGUCACUCUACAACUCCAUCGUCCAUCACUUCAGGGAAAGCUAAGACAACAGCUGCAACUGAAGCUGCAGAUGUUGAUGCUGCUGUAGUUGAUUGUAGCGUAUCAUCAAUGGGGUCAACCAUACCCAAUAUUCGAGGUGGCAAUGACAAUGAUGCUACUCAGACAUCAGAGAUAAACUGCUUCAAUUCAAAGCACACUGAACCAGAAGUAUAGUAAAUGACCAAAAUUAAAUUCUUCUACUCCAGACCCUGAAUAAUUUAUCAUAGAAUCAUCAUUUUUAGUGGCCAAUUAAGAAUUUCUAAACAUACAUACAUACAUACAUACACACAGACAAACAGAUAUAUACUCACACACACAUAUGUAUGUGAGUAAGCGUAUGUGUUUACAUGUGUGUACAUGCAAGUAUACUUGCAUAUGCCCAUACAUACACAUGUGCAUAAAUAAACAUACACAACAUAUAAAACAUACACAUACCUAUUUUUGGUGAUGAGCUUUAUAUUUUCUUUUGCUAAGGUGUAAAGACUGCAAUUCCAGCAAUUCUUACAAAUUUCAAAACCUUCCCCACUUCUCAAUGCUUUAAUUUGUAGAUUUAAACAUUUCUUUCCUCUUUUCUUUUCUUUUUUCAAGACCUUUGGGCUAAAUGUUUGGUGAGGUGAGGUGGGGUAGGACGUGUGGUUGUGGUGGGCUUGGGUUAAUUAAUUUCUGAAUGCUGUUACCAAAAAUGGUUUCUCUCAUAUGAAUAAUACAUUUUUUUCCAAAAAUUAUCCUUUCUAUUUCUUCUUGUUUUGUUUUUUUUAAUUUAAAUUUUUAAAAUUUUUUUACUGUGUUCUCUUUCUUUAAAUUAGGUAUUUCUCACACAUCCCCCUCUACAUCACUCCCUUGCCAACCCCUACUUCAUUAUUUUGUUUUCAUUUUCUUUUCAAUAUUCACUGCCUGCAUCUGAAUUUUGAAGAUUCGUCUUCGCUCUUGCCCCCUGUACCUGCCUAUAUACCCACCCCAUCCCUCACCCGGUCCCUAUUGUCAUAGAUACCAUAUUAUAUUGGUAUCAAAUGUGCAUGUGAAAAACAACAAACAAUCCUUUAGAUGUGCAUGUAUGUGUAUAAUGAGUGCAAGAUAAUGCUACAUAAAGACAAACUACUACUGCUGCUGCUGCUGCUAAGCAGAAAAGAAUCUCAAGAUGGAGUUGCUCCCAAAAGUUUUUUUUUUCUGGAACCCUUUCCUUAAAAUUCCUUCCAAGAAACAAUCUCUGAAUGACAACUUUAGAGUGUCAAAGCAGGCCAACAUUCAGUGUAACUUGA